AUGACGACCCAUUUGAUCUUUCUAGCUAUACUUUUUGAACUUUUGGUUCGUCGGACAUCAAGGAUGCUUACAAACAUCCUUGCAGAGUUUGCUUUGAAGGAACAUAACAAAAAAGAAAAGGCCAAUCUUCGGUUGGUGAGGGUGGUGGAAGCGUCUCUUUCUAGGAGUAAGGGCAUAACUUACUACAACAAGACACUCAGAAAACUCAUUCAUUCGAAUGAUGCCAUAACCUACCACAUCAAGCUCGAGGCAAUCAAUGAUGAUGAUGAUUCCGGCCAGACCUUAUUGAGCAUCUCCAGCCUAUCCUCUAAAUCCAUCUCUAUUUGGGAGAAUGAUGAGACUGAAGUAUAUUGUUUUUGGUUGCGUCUUGGAGGGUCUUGGCCAAUUGUGGCGGAUAAACCGAAGAUUUCUUUAUCUUCACGGAGUGCUCAUCAGAAGAAGAGGCCGAGUUUUGAUUCUACAACCCCAUGGUGCAGGCUUUUGUCGCAGUACGCACAGAAUUCGAAUGUUCCAAUUUGCACAUCAAAAUUUUUAAUCGGUUCAAGCAGAUUCAAUGAUCUUGUAUUGAAGGACCAGACCGUUAGUGCAAAUUUGUGUGUGAUCAAGCAGGCAAAGUACGCAGACACUUUUGUUGCUAUGCUCGAAAGCAGGGGGAUGAAGGGAUCUGUGCAAGUAAAUGGGAAGAUUAUUAAGAGGGGUAACAUCUGUGUCGUCAAUUCUGGUGAUGAGGUGGUUUUUGGUCGUUUGGCGAACCAUGCUUAUAUUUUUCAGCUACUAGUGACUGAUAUUGUUAUCAAGACCCCCUCAUCAGCUGGUGGUGCAGAGGUUCAGACUACUGUAGGUAGAUUAUUACAUAUCGAAAGGAGGGUAGAGGAUCCUUCAAUUAUGACGGGGGCUUCAAUUUUGGCAUCUCUUUCAAGCCUGCGGCAAGACUUGUCAUGUUUGAAGCCUACUGCUCAGGCCAGUGGUAAAACACAUCAAGGGACUAAGAUGCCCCCUCAUCAUAUUGUUCGCGACAGUAUGGAGAUUGAUCUUGAUGGUCUGGACGCCAAUUCGGAAACAAAUAUUGGGAGUGAUAAAGCUGGUGACAUUGGAGAGACUAGCAAGAUCCUUUCUCUUGAUGCCAACCCAGACUCUAGUAUAGCGGCUGGGGAUGUAUUUGAAGAAAGAAGUGAGUGGACCAGGGAUUCACUGCCAGCAUCAGCAUCAGGUAUAUCUCUGAGGCGUGCAGUAUUGAAAGAAGACAUUUAUAUGGGGAUUCUUGAUGGAAAAAACAUGGAAGUUUCAUUUGACAGUUUCCCAUAUUAUCUAAGUAAUGAAGAGCUGGUCAGGCAAAAAGAUGAGGUAGAUGUGAAGGUUGGCGAUCUGCAGAAGGAGCUGGAGGGCGAGUGGGCUAAGGCAGUGGAAGAGAUGAGGGGCCUUCAGAAGGAGUUGGAAGCAAAGAGAGCCAAGGCGACGGCGGAAAAGGAGAGCCUGAAAAAGGAGUUGGAGGAGGAGAGGGCUAAGGCUGCGUCUAAAAGGGCGACCCUGCAGAAAGAGCUGGACGAAGAGAGGGCGAAGGCAGCCUCUGAGAGGGUGGCCUACCCCGAUCUGUGCGUCGUCACGGUACAGCAAUUCAAAGGGUCUGCUGAAUUUAAGAUGGCAGUUGAUGUCGCGGUCGCCAGCAGCUUGGCUAGGCAAGAAUCGGGGAGGGCGGGCCCAUCGAGGACAACCGCUGGACGCAGAACUGAAGCAGAAGUUAUUGAGAGCUUCCAGCAGUCAGAUUUCUAUAAACACGAAAUGGCUGAGUUCUGGGACAGUGGCUGGAAGAUGUUCAAGCGUAGAGCUGAAGAACUGUUCCCAGACUUAGACCUCAGUAGUGUAACAAUUGGUGAGGAUGAUGUGGCCCAAACCCCCCUGGAUGAGGGUAUUAAAGAAGAGGAUCUCAUCUCCAGUGAAGAGGAGUAACUGGGGAAGAAGAUGAA